AAGAAACGCUGGUUUGUCCUGCGCAGUGGUCGGAUGAGUGGUGAUCCUGAUGUCCUAGAAUACUACAAAAAUGAUCACUCCAAGAAACCCUUGCGUGUGAUCAACCUCAAUUUCUGUGAACAAGUGGAUGCAGGACUGACCUUCAACAAGAAGGAGCUGCAAGACAGCUAUAUCUUUGACAUCAAGACGAGCGACAGGACCUUCUACCUGGUGGCUGAGACAGAGGACGACAUGAACAAAUGGGUUCGCAGCAUCUGCCAGAUCUGUGGUUUCAACCAGUCCGAGGAGAACACAGAUACCCUGAGGAACAUCACCUCCAUGAACCACGCUCCGCGCUCCUCCCCGGCCGAGCUGAGCGGCUCCAACCACCACCUGCUCCGAGACCGCAAGUCCUCAGCGCCCUCCCACUCCAGCCAGCCCACCUUGUUCACCUUCGACUCGCCGGCCAACCACAUCCAGACCACCCUGUCUGCCAGUGCCCCUCAGGACUACCUUUUCCUGCACCAGUGCAUGAGUAGAAAAUCAGAAAAUGCAAGGAGUGCCAGUUUCUCCCAAGCCACGAGGUCCUCGUUCUUCAUGAGGAGCGACACAGCUGUUCAGAAGCUCUCCCAGGGCAACGGACACUGCAUGAACGGGGUCAGCGGGCAGGUCCACGGCUUCUAUAGCCUGCCAAAACCCAGUCGGCACAACUCGGAGUUCAGGGACAGUGCGUACGACCUCCCGCGCAGCUUCGGUUCCUACACCCACACCAAGUCAAGCCUCACAAGCUCCGAAACGGAUAACGAGGAAGUCUACACCUUUAAGACUCCCAACAACACCCUAUGCAAGGAGUUUGGGGAGCUCUCCACAGAGUCCUACGACAUCCCUUCCACCCCUCUCUCCCUCUAUCAGAUCCCCAGGACAUUUACACUGGACAAGAAUCACAACGCUCUGGCUGUGGGCGCCAGUGAGUCGCCCACCGCGCCACCCCCACGACCCCCAAAGCCUGGGCAGAUGGAGCCGCGGUGGGGCAGCCCACCACAGAGACCCAUGGCCAGCGAAAGCUUAGGGCUGGCCCCCAUGGCAGCCACCAUUCCCAGGAGAAACACACUACCGACGGUGGAGAACAGCAGGCUACACAGAGCUUCUUCUUGUGAGACGUAUGAAUAUCCCCAGCAUGGGAGCAGCGGUGCUGUGCAGUCAAUUGAGUCUAUGAACGAUGGGUACAACUCCUACCUGCAAGCCAAGGCUGCAGUGGCCCGCUCCCACAGCGCCGACUCUGAGGACAACUACGUCCCGAUGAACCCUGGUUCAUCAUCACUGAUCCACACGGAGAAAGCCAAUGACAAUGCCCAAAACCUCUACAUCCCCAUGAGCCCUGGGCCGCAUCACUUUGAUUUAGUAGGGUUGUCCUCGACCACCCUCCCAGUGCAUAAAGGAGGAGCCAUGGCGCAGUGCCACAGACGGUUGAGUGAGAUCCAGCCUCCACCAGUCAACCGCAACCUGAAACCCGACCGGAAAGCAAAGCCAUCACCUCUGGACCUGAGGAACAACACAGUCAUCGAUGAGCUUCCUUUCAAAUCGCCAGUCACUAAAUCCUGGUCCAGGCCUACCCAAACUUUCAACGCCGGCUCUUUGCAGUACUGCCGCCCUGUCUCCUCGCAGAGCAUCACCAGCACUGACUCAGGAGACAGUGAGGAGAACUACGUGGCAAUGCAAAACCCCAUUUCUGCUUCUCCUGUUCCUAGUGGCACCAACAGUCCAGCACCUAAAAAGAGUUCAGGGAGUGUGGAUUACCUUGCCCUGGACUUCCAGCCAAGCUCACCAGGACCACACAGAAAGCCAUCCACCUCAUCGGUCGCCUCGGAUGAGAAGGUGGAUUACGUACAAGUGGACAAGGAGAAGACACAGGCCCUGCAGAGCACCAUGCAGGAGUGGACUGAUGUGCGGCAGUCCUCAGAGCCUGCCAAGAGCACCAAGCAGUAGC